AUGGUUUUCUUGCGUUGCGCCUGGCUUGUAGCCUUUGCCGGCCUCGUGGCCGGGCAAUAUGAUGGAUGGGACCUCGAGAAAGGCCAAGUCAGCUCGGAGAUGUGCUUUUGGUACUCACCAAGAGCUGCUGUUAUUCGCGACACUCUAUGGCUUGACGGCGGCAGACUCUACUGGACUCCAACGUACCGAGAUGGAAGCGAGGGGCCCCCAGAAACCCUGGAUAACCCUUUGGGUUUGAUGUACUCGUUGAACUUCAGCAAGCCCUUUGACAAAACCACAAACAUCACCACGCUGAUCGACACCAAGUCCAAGGCUUUGGGAGGCGUCGGCAACGCCAACAGCCUCGCACCAAACACCAUCGACGGCGCGCUGCUUCACAACGACGCCGAGUUCUUCUUGUACGGGGGCGUCCUCCCCAAGCGGACGGAUGCUUUCGAUCCUCCGCCCGGCGAUAAGGUGAUGGCGCUACGUCUCCACGCAUACGGCCCUGAAAAGCCUAGUUUUCAGAAUGGCAGCGGCGACAAUCAUGAUCUCGGGGACGACGUGACGCGGUACGUCGCCCAUGGAGGAGCUGCCAGCGCUCCCUCCGAGAACAAGGCCUGGUAUGUAGGCGGCAUGCGCUCGCCUCUCUGGGGCGAGAUGUACAUGAGCAACCCGAAUCGCUCGCUGAACGCCGUCAACGCCUCAAACACCCUGAUCACUCUCGACAUGUCCGAACAGCUAUUCGAAAAGUUCUCCAACCAGUCGUUGCCAAGCAUCAUCCGGGCAAGAGCAAACCCCGAGGUCGUUUGGGUCCCUGUCGGGGCCGAAGGUAUUCUCGUCGUUCUGGGAGGUGUAACCUACCCCGAGUAUGUCAACUUGAGUCACAAAUCUGAAGACGCCGCCAAGAGCCAACAAGAGAGUCCCGCGUUCAUGGAGACCAUAGACAUCUACGACGUAGCCGGCAACAAGUGGUACCAGCAGAAGACCGAGGGGAUCAGACCCCCGGCCCUUGCCCGGGGCUGUGCUGUCCUGGCGCCGGCACAGGACUACUCGAGCUUUAGCAUCUACUACUAUGGCGGAUACGACGGCAUCAGCGCCCAAGAAGACUUUAGCGAUGAUGUCUGGGUUCUCUCCAUCCCUUCCUUCCAGUGGACCAAGGUCUAUGAGGGUAGAGCUCUCCACGCGCGCGCCGGUCAUCGGUGCGUGAUGCCUUACCCUGAUCAGAUGAUGGUCGUAGGCGGCUACGCGGCCAUGCCCGGAAGAGGGAAUCCGCCCUGCCUCGAGGGAGGCAUCAUUCAAGUGUUCAAUCUCUCGAGCGCAGAGUGGCUUGAUGGAUACAGUCCGAGCAAAUGGUCCAACUACACCAUACCAACCGCCGUCGUCAGCAAGAUUGGAGGCGACGCAAAGGGAUCAGCGACAAAGACACAGCCCGAAGGAUCCGGAUGGGCGGAUCCAAGCCUGGCAGCCAUCUUUGCGAGGCCGUAUGAGACGUCAAAGAUCCAAACGUGGUAUCCCUACACCGAAUCGAAGGAAACUACUCGGCCCACCAUCCCGGAAGGCGGAAACGGAGGCGGCGGCGGCGGCGGCGGCGGCGGCGGCGGCGGUGGGACCCCAAAGUGGGUUGCCCCCGUUCUCGGCGUCGUCCUCGGUCUCGUCUUCAUCACCGCCAUCCUCGUCGGCUUCUGCCUCUGGCGUCGCCGCAGGGUCCUCCGGCGAGGAAACGGGACCGCAACCCAGACGGAGGACAACGGCUCCCGCAUCAUCUCCUGGAUCAGGGGCCAGCCAAGCGAGCCGGCCAAGGCGCCCACCGUCACGACCGAGGAGACGCUUUCUAACCAGGACAUGGCCGAGGUCCGCACGCCGCCUCCGGCGCCCGCAGCGUCGCCCGCACCGCGGCAUUUUGUCCACGAAGUGGCCGAUACCCAAAUCAUCGCCGAGCUUCCAGACACAUCGCCGCGCCCGGAGCUCCACGGGGUCGGCCUGACGCCCGUCGAGAUCAUCAACAAGCACACCCACUUCGGUACUGGGCAAGGCUCCAACGUCCCCAACCAAUCGUCCUACUACGCCUCCGUUUCCAGCAACGAGAACGCAUCCACCCUCUCCCGCUCCUCCGGCGUCCUCGGCUACCAAACCCGCGCCCAGUCGCCCGACCCGGGACCCCCGUCGCCAUCGAUCGGCACGGCCGUCGUGCCCGCGCCCACGGGGGGCCGCGUCGGCUCCGACGUCUCCGGCCUCAGCGACCGCGACGCGAAGCAUCUGAGGAGCCUCAGCGAGGCGACGGUAAGCUCGGCGUCGUCGGGCGGCGAACAGGGCGGUGCUGGCGGUGGGCCGACGGCGCGGGAGCAGCAGCAACAGCCGCGCGGCGUCCCGACCACGGUGCCCGAGACGCCGACGCCCGGCCACCCGAGCCCGCUGAGCCCGCCGACGGGGGCGUCGGACGGGGAGGACUACAUCAGCGCGAGGAUGCUGCCUGUGAGCCCGGCGGGUACGGCGACGAUGAGAAGGAGCAUGUUCCACGAGAACGAGGAUGAUCUUGGGUCGAGGAGGUGA